AUGGAGAGAGUAACAGUAAUUAUUCUUAUUUGUUUACUUGCUGGUUUAUCUGAAUGUGAGGAAGGGGGUGAUCAGAAUCAAAUCAAUCAGAACCUGAUCACUGAGCUCUCAUAUGAAGAUACUAAGGCAGAGAACAAUAACGACGUGUCAGCUGACCCAGGGUCUGAAACACCAGCCACUCGGACAGCAAACAAAACAACUGACCAUCUAUGUGAACCCAACAUCUAUAUGGUGCUGAAGGAACUGGGGGCUCUAGAAGAACGACAGAAAGCCACCGUGAGGGCUCUUGAAGAAACAAACACAAAGCUGGAAGCCAGUGAGAAGAAGGUGGCUGCACUUAACAGCACACUGACUGAGCUCAGGACAACGUAUGAAGGACAACGUCAGGUUGCAUUUUCUGCUGCUUUACCCACAGAAGCCACUAUUGGGCCAGCAAAUGUUCUUUACCCUCUGGUGUACAGACAUGUUCUGUACAACGUCGGAGGACACUACAGUCCAGUAACAGGGUAUUUUACAGCACCAGUUCAAGGAGUCUAUUAUUUCACCUUUUCUUCUUUCUGGUGGGGAGGAAACACUGGAAACAGUGGUGGCAGUCUGUACCACAAUGGAAACCCGAUUGUAUCAUGGUAUGGUUACAGUCGGGCUCAUCCCAUCAGUGGCUCAAAUAGUGCAGUCUUAAUGCUACAAGUUGGAGACAUGGUCAAUGUUCGUCUUUGGGGAAACCGACAGAUCAGUGAUAAUGGAAAUAAGUACUGCACAUUCACUGGAUUUUUGCUUUUUCCAAUGUGA